AUGAGUAUCCACAAAAAAGGAGAUUACCAGAUAUUUCCCAGACAGAAGAAGACCAUUGUGAAAAAUGUGCAUAAGUCAGCGCUACAGGAGGAUGAACACGGAGGCGUCUGUUUCUUUUCUCUAUGUGUCAGCAAUGGCAUUGUUUACGUCGGUUCAUCUAACGGGAGGAUCUUCCUUUUUAAGAGAAGAGGGCGCUGCUUAUUCGAACCCGUCCUUUUUCACAGCGUCAUAAGGAGCCACACGUCUGGAAUAGUAACGAAGAUAUUUGCCGUGGACCGCCUUCACCUCUUAAUUCACGGAACGGAUAAGGGGGGCAUCUACGUCCUCGGGAGUAAGAAGCUGGCCAGGAGAAAAUGUUUAAGCACAGAGAGGGGAAAAAAGGAAAGGGUGCGCAAAUUGGUGAGUCCUUUUCAUAAAGGGGCCAUAACGAGCAUAAAUUGUGUACUGGAGAAGGAUCUCAGAUACAGGCGCGGAAGGAGCGGGGGGAGAUGCGAGGGAGAAACCUUAUACGUCUUCAUGGGAGACCAGCAGGGCGUGCUCUCCUGCAUCGUUUUAAAGAAAAAAGGGUUGAGAGUAAGAAGCGAGGAGAACAUUCUCCUUAUCGAUAGGACAAACGGUCCAAUCAGCCACGUAGAAAUUGAGCGAGACAUAAUUUUGGUCACCUGCGAAAGGGCUAACGUCAUUAUGAAGGUAGAAGAGGUGAUUGAAAAGAAGAAGAUUAACUUGUGCACCAUUGGGAAAAAAGAGAACAGGAGUUAUUAUCGGUCUGUGUUUUGCAACGCCAAGGGGGGGAAGGGGUGCCCAUCCAUUUUGAGUUUGAGGAAAAAUGGGCGUGUGUGGUUAAGCCACGGGGAGAGGGUGAUAAACACGCUUGUUUUUUACUACUCUUCUGUUUAUUUUUUUUACUUGUUUUUUAAGACGGGGGUUAGGGGUGACGUCAGCGGCUGGGUGAGUGAUGGCGUUCGUCGUGGAGAUUUUCCAAACGGUGGUGGACCCUCUUUCCCAUUCCACGUGUACCAAAAGCAGCUCAUUAAAAACGUCCACUUCACAACUAUGUUAAAGAAAAUAUUAAAAAAAUUUACAAAUUUCCUCCUGCCGCUAAGACCGAAUGCGAACGCAUGUUAUAAGAUAGACAAGGAUCACUUUGUCCUGUUUGAGUUGGCCAACCCGUUCACGUCUUUCCCGAGUGGAUCCCAAGAUGCCUGGGCCGAUAAGCUGUCAAGGAAUGAGGAACAGGAGAAUCUCGCCCAGUUGCGAAAAGAUAUAGAUUUGAUAAGAAGUUUCAUCGAAGAAGAGUUGGAAAACGGAAGGGAAGACGAAGUAAAUGGGGAGAGAACAAAAUUCCUAACCUUCUUAAAGGACAAUUUGGACGAUGCGGAAAAUAUUUUAAGAAGAAUUAAAAGCAAGAAAAUAAUGGUGAUUAAUAUUAAAAGUAUUGAAAUAGAGGAGAUGGUGGACCUCCAUGUGGGUUCCCUUCCCUGGGGAUGCAACAAUAUAGGGGAACAAACAUCAUGGGGAGAAACCCUUUGCACAAGUAACAAGACUGCCCAUAAGUUGGGCAAACAAGAAGGGGAAGGGAAACAAGGGAAGAUCCCCUUUGGAAGAGCAAAUCAAAGGUUGUCCCCCCAGGCGGACACCGAACAAUCCGUUUCCCCGGAAGGAAGAAACCAUAGGAACACCCCAUCCAGAAAUGAAUCCCGACAAGAGAACGAAACAGAAAAUAAGAAAAACAGAAAAAGACUUCCUUAUUGGAAAUAUUUCCACCCCAAUCAGAUAAUCGACUCGGUAAAGUGGAAAAAGAAAAUUUUCCUGUUAUACUUCAAUCCAAAUAUGAGAGACAAUUUUUACGUUGCGCAAAAUAUAAGUGACGUUUUUUUCUCACCACACAAUGUGAUACCAAGGAGGGAAGUACACCAUAUAGAAGAAUACACGGGUGAGGGUAAAGCACAAGAGGGGACACACUUCUACCUGUGCGAAGUGCACACUGAGGACAACUUCGAAUUGGCAAAGUAUCUCCCGCACGAAAUAGAAAAAGUAACCCAUUUGGAGAGUUACUCAUUCCACAUGCUGCUCUUCCAUGUGAGUCACUUUUUCGAUUAUCUAAACGGGAGAAGGGAUUCCCUAGAUGCAAAUUUUCUUUUCCACGUGGAGAAGGACCUUCAACCAAUAGAAGAAGCUCACUGCCUGGAUGACCAAAUAAAUAAGGUGCUAUUAAAAAACAUAGAAGCUGUAAAAAAGAAUAUAAAGAAUUCACUUUGCAUGACCCAGAAGAUGAAGACAACUGAGUCGGAUUUGAUCACUGAUAAUAAUUACCUACAGGGGAUGGAUUUUUUCCGUAGCGUUUAUGCUCCUGUUAACCCCGCCUAUUUGCAUGUAAAUGUGAAGAAGGCAAAAAAAUUGUACAGCCGUAUGAGGAGCACAGUGGUGAAGUAUAUGCCCGUGUUUUUUCAGGUUGUUAUGUGUGAGGUGUUUCCAGACACGCCUCAGAAGGGGCACCUCCCUUGUGUAAACGACUGCACCCUCACCACAUAUGUAACACUCAUUCGGAAUACCCCCUACUUGUUGUUUCAAUUUUUGCAUUACUUCCACAUCUUUGUCUACCUCGAAGUUGUCAUUACGAGUUUUAUAUACAGAGAGAAUUACUGCUUUAGCAAAUUUCCGAUGUACGUGCCGGAGAGGAGGCUGAGGGGUAGGGAUAAUACGCUUACCUCACCUGCACAUAUUACUGAAGAAGUGGGAUUCGCACAGGGAGGAGCAGUCAAUCGGUUAAGAAAUUACGCUGUGGUAAAAUUGAAAGGUAGAGAUAGUAAUUCCAACGUGCUCCCUCAUGAGUGUGCGAACAUAACGGGGGUUACAGAAGUCCUUAGGUCAAGUGGAACAAUAGGAUAUGAUGCUCCUGUUGAUCUCUGUAGGGGCUACUCGAAGAAGGGACACCAUCUGUUCACGUUGAAAGGAAAAACAUACCAAGGAGGGUUUUCACUUAAUGGGGGAAACACCUUUGACAUUUUCGACCAUCUCCUUUUUGUGGUGGAAGGGUGGUCCAAAAAAGAGGGUGCCAUGAGGGAGGGACUUGCAGAUGGAGUCCCGCUUCCAGCGCACGCAGCCCACCUCUCGAAGAAGGAACUUUUCUUCGAAUGUAACAGGAGGAUAACUAGGGAGGGGGUUCUCCGAAACGUGCCUCCACUUCUUCACACCUUGUUUAUGUACCGAAGGUCGAAAAGAGGCAUCGUGGAUAAAGUUGGUGAGCGGUUUGAGUGGACAAGGCGGCCAGACCAAAAAGAAACAGGCAGGAAAGUAAGAAGAAGGGUGUCCCCUCAAAUGACUCGUGUUACACGGUUGUGCCAAGGAGUAGGGCGAACACAACUGUCUCCCCAUGGACACCACGAAUAUGUGGAGCAAAAGCAGCUCCUGAACAAUGGAAAAAAUUCUUGCACCCAAUUGGAAGAGCAAAAGGAGUGGUUCCCCCCAAUUGGAGGUGAUCCCCGUGAUGAGAGGAUCCAACGGCAUCAGAGCGAAUUGCGUAAAAUGGUUAACCUGAGGAAGCUCUUAAAAAAUUAUAGGGAAAAUGCCAGUUGCAAGAAAGGCAUCAUCCUAAAAGACCAAAUGACCAUACAAGACUUUUUAAAGUGCACAGAGAGGUUAUAUUUUUAUCGAAAGGUCACUGAAGGGGUGUACAUAGUAAACCUUAAUGAGUACCGCCAGAUUUAUGAGUGUCUCUUCCUAUAUGAAUUAUUUGGUAAACUGUUUGACACAGAAAUUGUUUUGUUCCACUUGCACUCAAAUUGUAAGGUAAAAAUGGAAGUGAACAGUAAGGACGAUCAUGGGAGGGGCAUCCUUUGGAGUACGUCCUCCCACGAGGGGGAUCGCCAAAAGGAAGAGAAUCGCCAACAGGGCGUGGUAAAGAUCGUGGGAAAUAAACCAAUAAAAUAUUUCAAAAAAUGGAAUGAACACAUUAUACGGAAUAACAUCCUGCUGAUGGAUAUUCUCUUCGGGUUUUACUACAACUCAGAGGGCAGCUCAGAAGCAAAUUUGAAGUCCUUCAUGAGGAAGUUUUGCAAUUUUCGUUACCUAGCUCACUAUAUCAGUUAUGUGAAGGGGGAAGAAGCGAAAGCAGUGGCGAAAGGGACUUCCUUCCUGUUCAGCUUCGAUGAAGUGGCGCAUAAUAGGAGCGAUGUCGACAUGCACGCCAAAUGUCGUAUAGGCAACUCCCACGGGGGGGGCCUCUCCCCGACUUGCAUCGUUGAGAAGCAGUUAGACAGGUCACGAACCAAACGAAGCGAAUCCCCCCAAGAGGUAGCAUCCCCCCCACAUGGCAAGACAUCUUCUGAACAUAAUUCUUACCAUUUGCCUGACAACGUUGAGGAAAAAAAAGGAGGGAAAAACCAUCUGAGAAAAGCGAAAAGGGAGGCAUACCGCCUCCAUGUGGAGACCCUCCUGAGGGUGUAUACCCAUUUGGAUGAGAAGCACCGAUGCACAAAACAUCAUCGUCGUGUGAGCGUAUUUCUUUUUUUUAAAAAUAUUGAUGUGUACAAUUUUGUCAGAGUCGUUUAUCUGUUGUGCAGGGAGAAAUACCACCAUGAGGUCUCUUUGUGUGCAGGAAGGGAGGGACAUCCAAAUGGGGAUCCAUUCAAAAAGAAGAAAUCCAUUUGGAACUUUCACAAGGUGUCUGCGCAUAUUAGCGACAUUCUACGCAGAUAUGAAAAAUCAAAUAGAUUAAAAAAAGUGAGCAGUGCCUUUCGCGCGUUUGUGAAAGAUUUGAUGGUGGGGGAAAGGACAGAUGAACCCCACAUAGAGAUACUUAACCAGCGGACCAUUGAAUUGUGUCUGCAGUAUGUACGCCAUCUUAUAAAAGGGAAAACGGCUUGCAGACACUCGCCGGGAAGGAAGAAGAAAAUGUCCCUUCUGGUGUGUAAGCUGGCACACCUGCUCCGCAUGCUGAAUUGGAGAAAGGCGUUAGGUACCCUUUUAGAUAUAUACAGGAGUCUCUCUUGCGAAGUUUUUAUUUUCACUCUCCUUUUGGAAAGGCAUUCUACUGAUUUGGGAGGAAGGGCUCUCCAUCUCCUGCACAGGAACUAUUCUACGGUGCUAAAGAAGAAUCGAAGUUACGAAGACGUAGUUAUGCAUAUGCUGCUGCACGUCGGAAGAAACAGUGACUAUUAUUUGACCAUCAUGAUUAUCACAAUUCUUAGGUACUUUUUUGAAAACUUUUUUUUUUUAAAAAAUGUAUGUAUAAAUUUGGAGGACUUGAAAAUUUUAAAUUGCAAGAAAUGGGAGCCACACAGUUGUGUGUUGUUAAGGGAGGGAGAAGAAGAAGAGGCCCCUGCGACGGGCCAUGAAGACGAUACCAAAAUUUUCACUCAAGUGAAGUGCCAGGAGGUCAUCCCGUCCGAGGAAAGUCUGCUUCACAGCAUUGAUUAUUUGGCCAAUUUCUUCUUCGAGAUGUUAAUUAAAUUCCUGUGCGAAGUAAAUCACAAGGUGUGCAGCAAGGACGUCGAUCUGGUCAUUCAUAAUAUAGGCAAGAACGAAGAAGUGUACUUUAAAGUAUCUGAAUUUGUGAACAACUUUUAUGGGUCAUGCGCGUUGGUGUAUAACAGGUGUGGUCAAAACGGGCAGGGCGAAACCUUCCACAAGGAGGGUGCAGUUACAUGCAGAAGAAAAAAUAUCAGUGUGCAGAUCUAUGACCGACGAGGUAAGGCUCACACGUUGGUGGAAAUGCUUAACUCCUUUUUUGGGGUGCUCUGCUGUUUGCAGUCAAUCAAACUUAGCCUUAAAAAGGGGCGCGCCGUUUUUGUGCGUACCAAUAGGCACUACAGGAAAUACCUGCUGGGUAUAAUUUGCGGGCUGUUUGGUGGCGUGCCGGAGGGGAGCGGCGAAGGUGGUGAAGGAUACCGUUGCAAAGAGCCAAGCGGACGGAGCACAAAUAGCACCCCCCGGGGCAGUCCCACAUUCGAACUGGAUCACGCCUCACAGAAGGAACGCUCCCUAAGUGUCCUCACCUGCGUGCUCUGCAUCGCUCACUUCAUCAGUCACUUCAAACAUAUUAAAGGAAAGGUGGUCAGAAAAUUCAUCUUCAUGCUGGACUACUUUUUGGCGAACCAAGACUCCCCGAACUUUGAGCAACAACACUGGGGAUACACACCCCAGAAAAAUAUACAUCAAAUUUACAGAACGAUCAUAACAAACUUGCCCACAAGGGUGUUACCGGUUAAGUGA